CUUGCUCUUUUGUUCUCAUGCCAAAUUCCAUCACUCAGAAUCUCUCUAUUUGUGCUUCUCUUGCAAUUGUAUUUCCUUAUCCCCCCCCAACCCAACAAUGGCCGCUUCAACGCCAUACUCUCUCUUCCUUCUUUCUCUUUACCUCGUCAUUGGCAUUGCCAGUGGCGUUCAAACCAAGACCUUCCACUUGCAGAGGAAACUGCAGCAUGGCACCCCGGAGUGCCUCCUCCCCCAAUCAAGAAAGGAGAAAGGCGCUAUUAUACUGGAAAUGAAGGACAGAGGUGAGUGCUCAGAGUCAGAGAGAAAAGGUGAUUGGGUUGAGAAACAGUUGGUACUGGAUGGUCUCCACGUUCGUUCAAUUCAAAAUCACAUUCGAAAAAGGACCUCUAGUAGCCAAAUUGCAGAUUCCUCGGAAACCCAAGUUCCAUUAACUUCUGGCAUAAAAUUCCAAACUCUAAACUACAUUGUGACAAUGGGAUUGGGUAGCCAGAACAUGAGCGUGAUAGUAGACACUGGAAGCGACUUGACAUGGGUCCAAUGCGAGCCUUGCCGGUCAUGUUAUAAUCAAAACGGACCUUUGUUCAAACCUUCUACCUCCCCUUCCUAUCAACCAAUUCUGUGCAACUCAACAACCUGUCAGUCUCUCGAAUUAGGAGCAUGUGGCAGUGAUCCAUCAACAUCUGCAACUUGUGACUAUGUGGUUAACUAUGGUGAUGGAUCAUAUACUAGUGGGGAGCUGGGGAUUGAGAAGCUGGGUUUUGGAGGCAUUUCAGUGAGUAAUUUUGUGUUUGGUUGUGGAAGGAACAACAAAGGUCUCUUUGGAGGAGCCUCAGGGCUUAUGGGGUUGGGAAGAAGUGAGCUCUCAAUGAUCUCUCAAACCAAUGCUACAUUUGGAGGAGUUUUUUCUUACUGCUUACCUUCAACUGAUCAAGCUGGAGCUUCAGGCUCGUUGGUUAUGGGUAAUCAGUCUGGAGUAUUCAAAAAUGUUACUCCCAUUGCCUACACCAGGAUGCUUCCUAAUCUUCAGCUGUCCAACUUUUAUAUACUGAAUCUCACUGGCAUAGAUGUGGGUGGUGUGAGUCUGCAUGUGCAAGCUUCAAGUUUUGGAAAUGGUGGGGUAAUACUUGAUUCCGGGACAGUAAUCUCAAGACUGGCUCCAUCUGUGUACAAGGCUCUGAAGGCAAAGUUCUUGGAACAGUUUUCUGGUUUCCCUUCAGCACCGGGCUUUUCAAUUUUGGAUACCUGCUUUAAUCUCACUGGAUAUGACCAAGUAAACAUACCUACCAUCAGCAUGUAUUUUGAGGGCAAUGCUGAGCUGAAUGUGGAUGCAACUGGCAUAUUCUAUUUAGUUAAAGAGGAUGCUUCGCGGGUUUGUUUGGCGCUUGCUAGUCUUUCUGAUGAGUAUGAAAUGGGGAUCAUUGGAAACUAUCAGCAGAGGAACCAAAGGGUGUUAUAUGAUGCCAAACUCUCUCAGGUAGGAUUUGCUAAAGAGCCUUGCACCUUCACUUGAAUACCUCAUUUAUUUAACUCAAAUACGGAGGAUACCAUUGCCAUUAACAUCUUCCAGUUACAUAUAACUAUAUUUUCCGACAUAGCAUAAGAAUCUCUCUUAUUUAGUCCUUUAUAUAUUUUUUUCUAUUGAGUGUGAUUGUGUUUUAAAUUUCUGUUUGUAAACCAAAGAUGGUUUGAUUGGAUUGUAAAUUGACUCAUUAAGUUUCUUAAAUGUAAGAUGUCGUACUUGCAUGGAAAUAAUACAAGCUAGGAACUGAAACUACAUAUUUAGCCUCAGUUCAUGAACAUUGUUGUAGAUAAGAUAAUCUACUCAAUUCACCAAGUUUUUGUUC